UAGUUCCAGUUCAUGGUGUAGUUCCAGUCGUUGUGGGUAGAGGUGUAUUUAGUGGUUGGUGUCGGUGUUCCUCCGGGAGACUGCAGGGGUCCCCAGCCUGAAUCCUCUUGAGUCUGAACGCUUUGGCCAGGCAGCGUCCAGCAGCAGCUCGGUGGGAGAUGGCGCCCAGCUCCAAAGCAGACAAGGACCACAAACAGAAACAGAGGAAACACAAAGAGCAUGUGGUGAAGCUGCUGACCCGCGGGAAGCUGUCAGGUCAGUUCUCCCAGCGGCUCUUCAGGAAGCUCCCGCCUCGGGUCUGCGUGCCUCUGAAGAACAUCGUCAGUGAGGAGUUCCUCCGCGCUGGUCACAUCUUUCUCGGCUUCACCAAAUGUGGCCGCUACGUUCUGUCGUACACAAGUGACUGUGGGGAAGAUGAUGACUUCUCCUUCUACACAUACCACCUCUACUGGUGGGAGUUCAACCUCCACAGCCGACUCAAACAGGUACACCAUGUGCGUCUGUUUGCGGGAGAGGAGAUCUACAGCGACCUCUACCUCACUGUCUGUGAAUGGCCCAACGACCGCUCCAAGAUCGUCAUCUUUGGAUUCAAUACGCGCUGCUCCAGCUCGGUGCUGAUGAACCUGAUGAUGAGUGACGAGAACAACAGAGACAUCUACAUCACCAUCGCCUCCAUGCCCCCGGCCGCACCCUGCACCCAGUGCAGCCCGCCAGCUGCAGCAUCCACCACACGCACUGGCGGGGGCGAGUGUUUGGAGCACGGCUACGUCCUGAACAGCCGGUACCAGGUGGUGUACCCCUUCCCCACCUUCCAGCCCGCCUUCCAGCUCAAGAAGGACCAGGUCAUCCUGCUGAACACCAGCUACUCUCUGGUGGCCUGCAGUGUCUCGCUCUGCCCAGGUAGACUAGACACUAUCCUACUGAGCGGCUCUCUGGACAGAGUCCCGCCCCCUCCUCCUCCUCAUUGGCCUCGUCUCCGCGGACCCCGCCCUCGUUCUCCUCCCAGGAGACCGGGGCGGAGACGGGGGCGGAGCUGGGGGGCGGAGCCGGGCUACGUCAACUACACCCGCCUGCACUACUGCCUCCAGCAGCCGGGGGCAGCAGAGGCGGAGGCCGGAGGCUACGUGGACGAUAAGGUCCAGCUGCCGUUCAGCGUGACCGACUUGAAGGGACGCAACCUGCAGCCAGUGACUGGGGAGCACAGCGGACAGACGGUGUGUGUGGAGCAGCUGACUCUGGACUUUGAGUAUCUGAUCAACGAGGCGAUCCGCAGCGAUGCCGUCUGGGCGCCGCUCUUCUGCUCCUUCAGCGACUACGACGUGGUGAUACUGGAGGUCUGUCCGGACACCAACACGGUGAUGAUCAACAUCGGGCUGCUGCUGCUAGCCUUCGCCUCGUCAGAGGAGGAGCACUGCAGGCCCAACACCUACCACUCCAACCUGCAGGUGAGCUGGGACCUCAACACAGGGCUCUGCUGCACCGUGGGCGUCGGCAACCUCACCGAGGUCAAGGGUCAGACAAGUGGCAGUGUGUGGAGCUCGUACCGCAAGUCCUGCGUCAACACGGUCAUGAAGUGGUUGGUCCCGGAGAGCAGCUCGCGCUACAUCAACCGCAUGACCAACGAGGCGCUGCACAAAGGCUCCUCGCUGCAGGUGUUGGCGGACAGCGACCGCUGCACGUGGAUAGUGUUAUGAAGGAGAUGUUUUCCUCCUGGCCGGCGGCCGCGUCCUUGACACCAUAAGCACACGCACAUCAACACACGUUGACUCUGACCUCAGUGUGCUGUGAUCUUAUCUAAAACGGCUGAUGGGGAAAUUACAUUUUUCCCAUCACUUACGGAGGAUUAGCGUAUGACAGCCGGGGAGAGAGAUGGUAAACGGAGUCCAGGGAUUGCAUGGCUCCUCCCGCUGGUAUUCCAUCUUGUUCAACCGGCUGUCGCACCGUAUCGCGGGAUCAAGAACCGCACAGAGCUGACUGAACGAAGACCUGCGGAGGAGUACUAUUACAUGAGCUGUUCUGUUCUUGUGUGUCUGUGUGAGGUCUGGACAUGUAUGUUUUUUUAAGGAGUAAAUAAGUGUGCGUAGUGCUUCUAGCACACACUGAAGAUCCUGCAACGACCAAUCACCUGCACAUCAGUCUAGUGAUGUCACGAUGAGAUACUGUCCUGUUGAGUCGACCACUGUUUGGAAGGCGGCGUUUUGCGUUAUGGUUAGGAGGAAAAAGGGAUUCAAUUGUUCAAAUAAAGUGAUUUAAAAAAAGA